AUGCGCUCCGUUAUAAAAUUGAGGUUCUUGGUCGAAAGGUUGGUGAAGUAUAAUAGAGGAAGAUGGGCAAGCUCACACAGAGAGAACGUGGAGACGAAACGUUGUAGUCUAAUGGAGUGGUUGAAUCAAAUGGUGUCAGAGCCAUACUAUCUCUGUCAUUUCCUGGCUUUCUUCUCUUAUUUACCUGUUCGCACCUCUGCUUCUCUUGCCCUAUCUCCCCACAUCUCCCAUCUUCUGGUUUAUCGGGAGAUUCAAGGGAUUUUGGCAUUUUUGGUGUUGACGGCGAUCAAAGUAGUGAAGGAAGAAACAUGGGAGGCGUUUAUUGCUGAUACACUGUUUUUUGCAAAGAUUUUUCUUAUUGCCAUUUCCUUAUUUAUCGAUUACCACGUGGCUCUCUGGUACUCACUGGUGUUUUUUGUGAUAUAUACUUUAACCCAACAACCGGCCUUCAAAGAACUAGGUACAUCCAGUAAGUUAACACCACUACAGUUGGAAGCAUUGCUAACUGAAGGGAAUGUAGAAUUUCGUGCGUCUUUUUCAUCAACAUGUAUCCGUGCAAGUCGGUGCUUUCCUGAGCUCUCAAUUACGUACUCGAACAAGAAUUUAUCUUUUGGAAUAAUUGAUCUUGGACUUUUUCCAAAUGCUGCAGAAAAAUUUGGAAUAUCGCUUGCUGGGGACCUUGGCCAACUUCCUACAUAUAUUUUGUUCGAGAAUGCCACUGAGGUUACACGGUUUCCUGAUUUUUACUUCGAAGCAAAACCUUCUAACACUCCCAUAACCAAGGUAUUUCGUACAGACUAUCUAAAUUGAUGUGUUGGUUUUUAUAGUAGUUAGUUUUCACUCUUUCUUGUUGCAAUCAUAUCUUGUUUGUCUUUUUAACCUUAACUAGCAUAGAAAAAAGUUGCAAUCAUGUACUGGGAUUGGUUGAAACUCAUUGCUAAUACACCAGUAGGGCCUUGGUAGUUUUUAGUUAGAGUUGCGAGAUUUUUCAUUAAGUAUUAUUACUUUACUGUAAUAUAAGAAGAUUAAUUAUGCAUAGAAAAAGUAAAGAAAUUAUGU